GAUCUUUUAUUUGGAAAACGUUAGCAACUUUAACGGCGUUGACGGCGAUUUUAAUGGCAAUUUCAUCAAGGCGCUAAAAAUUUCAGCUUUGGGGAAGAAUCACUCCCCACGCGGCUCGCUUCAUUCUCUCUUCCAUUUCUCUCUCCACAUCACUUUCUCUAUCUACAGUGAUCAAUAAUAUAUGGCAAGCUAGAUUUCGAGUUUGCAAGAUUUCUCAUAUUUGUCUGUGUCGAAACCCUAAAUCAAUAUCUCUGGGUUGAUCAAAACCUUCUCAAAUUGUUAAAAUAGUUGAGGCAGAGUUGGUGUUUCAUUGACCAGUAUGAUUAGUUCAUAUGCAGACAACUUGUGCAUUUUGCUUUUCAUUAUCAGUUUCAUUCUCAAUGGCCUACCAUUCAGUCAUGGGGACACGAUUGAUAGCAAAGUUUUAAAUGUUGGGGUGGAGCUAUGGAAGGAAACACUGCCAUUACAAAUGGGUUCCCGGCUUUACCAACUGGAGGGGCUUAAACCACAUACGUGGUAUGAAGUGAAGAUAUCAUAUCCAGCUUCUAUACCUUCUAGCUUUUCUCUACAACUGAGGAGAGGUAAUUCAGACUCGGGACUGAAACAAAGAAGAAAACUACUCAAUACUGAAAAGUUGAUAUUCAAAUCUGACAGCAUGGACUUGCUUAGGGACCAGGAUGGAACUUACGUACUGGUGACUGUGGAGCCUGAGGGAUUUGUAGCAAUGCCACAUGUGCAGGAGCAGAAAUAUGUCAUUUUUAACAUAGGGGUAUACUCAGUGAUAAAAAUUGAUAUUGGAUUCCUGAUCAUCUGAGGAUCCGAGGGCCACAAAGUUGCUUUCAAUCUUAUUUGUCUCCACACUUACAACAGGAGUGAGAUAAGUGAUUCUGUAUGUGUAUGUGGAAUGCUUUACGAGCUGAUAGCUAAUUUAAAGAGUUUUAAGUAUUCUCCUUUUUUAUUUUACUGCUUAUUCACUUUAGCGAUAAACUGGAGUUGGGAAAUCAAUUUGUAAUUUAUAUCUAAUGAAUAGCUCUCCAUUCCUGCGUAACAAUCUUUUCUCAUGUUUUCCUUUUGCAAUUUAGAUUAUGCUUUCUGACAGAGCUACGUAGAAAAAAAAGAUUUAAUGUAACCAACCUUAAGUCAUUAGGAUCUAGACUUUGUUGAAUUGAACUGCAUGGCUCUAUCAAAUUUAAAUUCCAAGCAGACUAAAUUAUUUUGACUUUCACGUUUCAUGGUGACAGAGGCUUGUUCAAUUUAACUUCAAUCCAAAUUCAUUAGCUUGAGAUAGUUACUGCUCAAAAAGUGGGAAUUAUUUGAUAUUAAUAUCCGCCGAAAAUGACUUUCCGGGAAAAAAAUAGUUUGUUGUUUUGUGGCUUAUUCGAGUUUCAUGUUAUGACAUCUCAAAUUUGGGCUAUGACAGAUGAGUGGAGUAGGACAAUCAAAGUAAGUAAAUUUCAUCGCCACAACAGCCGUUGAAUGAUGAGGUCUAGAUUUCUAAAGUAACCAUUUUAACUUUCUGUUCUUGUUUGUGGUGAUGGUUUCCAUAUUUCAUCUAUGGUCCUAAUCCUAUUCAUGUUGAUGGACUUGUAUAAAUUAUUAAGUUAUGAACAAAGCACUAAUAGCAUUUAAUUUUUCAUGGGUGCCUAUGUGAUUGAAUGAAUACUGUAGUUUAUGACGUACCUGUUACUUGAAGAUAGUAUUCCUUGUUUUUUCUUUUUUUAACCAAUCAUUGUGUAUUUUAUGUCUGAGAUGGAACAUUUGAAGUGAUAUGAGGUGUUUCAACUAAAUUGGCCGUCCUUUAUAUACAAAUGACUCAGAUUGCUCUGGGACUAGGUCCUUGUGAGAGUCCCAUUGCUUAUUCAUUUUCUUAUCUUCAUGACAAAUUAAAUGAUGUUCUAAUACUUUCCCGUCUUCA